GACUGCUCCUUGCCGGUCUCCUGCAAGCGUAAUUAGCCCGGGUUCUGCCAGUUCCUCAUCUGGUGGUUUUCGCUGCAGCGAGCUUGCCAAUGGCACCCCCGGCCCCGUGACCACGAUCCCACCCUCGCAGCGCCGCCGCACCCGCUUUAACUCCACCGUGAACGUCCAGUACUACAUGCCCCAGCAUCCGCCCUCCAUAGUGCGCUGGCGGCGACUCGACGAGCCUCACGGCCGUCUGUCCACAUCCACGUCUACGCCGGGAAAAUCUCCCCUGAAAGACCCGUUGCCCGAUGAUUCGGCCCAAAAAUUGUUGUACAACGAGGUCAAAGCUGAGCACGGCUUCGUCAACGACGACGACAAGACGCUGCACAAGCUGGUGGAGCUUAAGAAGGCUGAGCAGGAGGAGCUUUUGGAGCAGUUUGAGGAAAAGAAGCAGGCGAAUUUGCGGAAGGAAGCGGAGGAGAGGAUCAAAUCGAAUGUGAAGGCUGCGCUUGAGCUUGCGUGUCCCCCCUCAUAUUCUACUUGACUUACUGUCACCCAUACUGAUUACCCGUCCUGAUUUAUUGUUACUGGAAACUCUGGGCUUCGUUGAAGCUGGGGCUCCAUUUUUUCCCACUGGAUUGGAAUGCUUCGAUCAGGUGCUGUGGAGAACGAUCUCAUUUUCUCAGAUGAC